UAUUCAUUACUUUUCGACAUGGAACUGCUAGUAUUCAUCGUUUUAAUUACGUUGUGCUUUGGUAAUACCAUCCCGGUGAUUCCGGGUGACAACAGCCAUUACAUCGAAGGUGUCAGCCGCUACAUUUGGAUGCCUGACAGUGAAGACGUACCCCACCUCGUAGACUUACAAGAGGAACCCGAUUUAGAAUUAUUAACGGCUAGAGACAACAAUCCCAAUCAAUACUGGCUUUAUACCAGAUCCAACCCUGACACUGCACAAAUAAUCUCUUAUGAUGAUAAUGAGUCCAUUUCCAAUUCGAGUUACAAUGGAAGCAAGCCUUUAAAAGUUAUAGUACAUGGUUGGAAUAACGAUGGUAAUGCAAACGUGAAUAGGAUGGUGAAAACUGCUAUCCUCGAAACACUAGACGCAAAUGUUAUCGUAGUGGACUGGAAGCGUUUAGCUAGCUCUAAUUACGUAUCAGCGUCAAAUGGUAUCCUAGAUGUGGGCGAGAAUCUUGGUCAUUUCUUGACAUGGUUGAUUGAGAGUACAGGUGGAGAAUGGAACCAAGUACACCUGAUCGGCUUCAGCUUGGGUGCCCACGCUGUUGGUAUAGCUGGUCGCACGACCGGCGGAAAACUAGCAAGAGUAACAGCUCUAGACCCCGCAGGUCCACUAUGGGUAGGAAAUCCUCAUGCAUUGAACACCAGUUCUGCACAUUAUGUUGAAGCUAUUCACACGGACGGUGGUUUCCUGGGCAUGUCUGAAGCUCUAGCUCACGGUGAUUUCUUCCCCAAUAGUGGCAAGCAUCCGCAGCCGGGAUGUUGGAUCAGCACUUGUUCUCACAGUCGCUCCUACAGACUCUUCGCCUCCAGUAUAUACACAGACCAUUUCUCAGCGAAACGAUGCAAAGAUAUCAAUGAAGCGCAUAAUAACCAAUGCACCGGUAGUGUAUUCAAUAUGGGCAACUGUGAUAUCACUAAACAAGGAUCUGGAAUAUACGGCUUGAGCACAGAACAAAAAUGGCCUUUCUGAAAACCGCAACUUAUUACACGAUUUUUAUCUUAAA